CAGCAGCAGCAGCAGAUGCCGGUGCCGGGCAGCCAGAACGGGCGGCCGAGGCCGGCCAAGGCCGAGACCAUCCACGGCCUCGUGCGCGCCGGCGACCUCGCGGGCGUCCAGCGGAAGCUGCGGGAGAACCCCGCCCUCCUCAACGACAAGAACCCUGUGAUGUGCCAAACGCCACUUCAUGUCGCAGCUGGAUACAAUAAUACUGAUAUAGUCAAAUUCCUGCUUAACUGGAAAGGUGCAGAUACAGUUGAGUUGGAGGCAAAGAACAUGUACGGAGAGACACCCCUGCAUAUGGCAGUCAAAAAUAGUUCUUGUGAAUCAGCAAAGUUGCUACUUGAACGUGGUGUGCAUACAGGAGCCAAAGCAAAUAAUGGCAUGUCACCAUUGCAUUUAGCUGUCUGGCAUGCACUUCAAACUGGAGAUUGCAGCACCGUCAGUGUGUUGCUAAGCUACGAUGUGGAUUGCUAUGCUAAAGAUGAUGAAGGCAAAAUCCCCUUAAAUCAUAUCCCAGGAGGAGCUGGCAAUGAGAAGCUGCUGCAGCUCCUCACUCGCCACAUGGAAGAACAAAGGAAACGAAAAGCCCUCACGGCAUGCCAUGAACGACAGGCAAUGGUGGAGUUUGAAGAAGCAAUAUCACAAAUCGUGGGAUUGCAAGAGCUCAAAAUGCAAUUACGUCGAUGGGCCAGAGGAAUGCUUUUUGAUGAGAAGCGACGAGCUAUGGGCUUAGGGAUCGCUACCAGAAGAGCACCUCAUAUGGCAUUUCUUGGCAAUCCUGGAACAGGUAAAACAAUGGUUGCUCGGAUUCUUGGAAAGCUUCUUCAUAUGGUUGGGAUUCUCCCUACUGAUAAAGUUACUGAAGUUCAGCGAACUGAUCUUGUUGGAGAAUUUGUGGGGCAUACUGGACCAAAGACGAGACGGAAGAUAAAAGAUGCCGAGGGGGGAAUUCUGUUUGUGGAUGAAGCAUACAGGUUGAUACCAACACAAAAAUCUGAUGAUAAGGAUUAUGGUCUGGAGGCCUUGGAGGAGAUAAUGUCUGUAAUGGACAGCGGCAAACUAGUUGUCAUAUUUGCAGGGUACUGUGAGCCAAUGAAGCGUGUCAUCUCCUCGAACGACGGUUUCUGCAGGAGGGUCACCAAGUUCUUCGACUUUGAUGAUUUCACCACGACGGAACUAGCCGAGAUCAUGCACCUGAAGAUGAACACACAAAGCAACACCAGUCCGCUCUGCGGGUUCAAGCUGCACCCGGGCUGCAGUGUCGAGGCUGUCGGGGAGCUUAUUGCCAAGGAGACCACUGAGGAGAGGCGUAAGCAAAUGAACGGGGGGCUGGUGGACACACUGCUCAUCAACGCACGUGAAAAUCUGGAUCUCCGUCUUGAUUUCAGCUGCGACGAUGCCGAGACGAUGAUCACGAUCAUGCUGGAAGACCUGGAGGCAGGCCUCAGGCAGAUCUCGAGGCAGCGGCAGCUGCGGUGACCUGCAAAUCCGGAACAUUCUUUUCGUGAUAAAAUGAACGGGUUGUAGCAAUAGACCAAGUUACCGGCUCAGUUGUUUUGGUAGAAGUAACAGGAUGUGAGUUCAUGAUUAUAUUCUCAGUGAGGUAUAUAGAACAUGUAUGUAAACAUUCUUUGCACAAUGAAACAGUUUCUUGAUGCCAGAAA